CACCUAAACUAACCGCCAAAGAUUAAAGCUGUGCAGAAAAGCAGUACCGAAGCAGAUCUCAGACAGUCCAGACAAUUACCUAGUUACCGCUUUCUCAUUCCUCGGCUCCUCGCUCUCCGCUUCUAUUCGUUUUCUGCUUCCUAUCCUAUACUAUAAGAAUGGCUGGAAAGGGUGGAAAGGGGCUUUUGGCGGGAAAGACCACAGCUGCGGCGGCGGCGGCGGCGAACAAGGACAAGGACAAGAAAAGGCCUGUUUCUCGGUCUUCUCGCGCAGGUCUCCAGUUUCCAGUGGGGCGAAUUCACCGUCAGCUCAAGACCCGAACCUCAGCUCAUGGCAGGGUUGGAGCAACAGCUGCGGUUUACACAGCAGCAAUCCUCGAGUAUCUAACAGCAGAGGUGCUCGAAUUGGCUGGGAACGCCAGCAAGGAUCUGAAAGUGAAGAGGAUCACACCGAGGCACUUGCAGCUGGCCAUUCGUGGAGACGAGGAGCUUGACACCCUCAUCAAGGGAACCAUUGCUGGUGGUGGAGUCAUCCCCCACAUUCACAAGUCCCUCAUCAACAAAACAAACCCCAAGGAAUGAAUGAAUGAAAACCAUAUGUUUAACUUUAGAAAAAGGCUUCUGAGUAAUUAAGACUCUUGUUGUUCUAUCUUUCGCUUCUAAGCUGUUCUGUUAGGAUGUUGUUUCGUUGGAAUGGUACUUGUGCUGUUAAAAUACUUUUGGCUGGAUAAGUUCAAUUUAUCUGUAAUUUGUGUAGUCUUGGAUGUAUUAACAAUUGUAACGGAAGCCCUGUUCAACAGUACA